AUGCCUGCCCUUUCUCACUACUUUCAACGAAUGGACAAUGCCCCACCCCUAGGGGUAGCAAUUUUGGUUGCUGCUCUGGCGGUUUUGUAUUUCUUUGCAAGUGGAAUCUACUACGCCUUCUUCCAUCCUCUUGCAAAAGUACCAGGCCCACGCCUUUACUCCUUUACUCAGCUGCCCUUUUUCUACUACUGGAUUCAGGGCAACUGGGAGAGGAGACUGAAAGAGCUCCAUGACCAAUACGGACCCGUUGUGCGAUUCACCCACAAUGAUGUCUCCUUCAUCACGGCAGAUGCCAUGAAGAAGAUCUACGGCCACAAAACCAGCAUGGCACAGACGUUUGAGAAAGAUGCACUCUUUUACAAGCCUGUUCGCGACCAAACCGACAUUAUCAAUGCCAACACCGAGGAUCAUCGUCGGUUCCGCCGACUUCUCGCCCACGCCUUCUCGGAUCGAGCUUUACGUGGACAAGAAGAGAUCAUGCAACACUAUGUUGACAAGUUCAUCUUGCGCCUCAUUGAGCUUGCACACCAAGGUACAGCCAUUGACAUUGUUCGAUGGUACAACUUCACCACCUUUGACAUCAUCGGUGAUCUGGCAUUCGGCCAGUCAUUUGGAUGCCUCGACAGCGGCGGAUACCACCCAUGGGUGGCCAUGAUCUUUUCGUCUGUCAAGACAGGGCCGCUACGAGCCGCCAUGCAACGUCUCGGACUCGGCAGGUUUGUUUCACUCUUGAUGCCGGCUCACCUCAAGCGCAGCCUGGAAGAGCACUUCCAGCUGUCCAAGUCCACGGCCAUGAAGCGGAUUGAGAGUCGUGACACGAACCGUGAGGAUUUCAUGUCGUACAUUCUCCGUCAUAAUGAUGAAAAGGGAAUGACUCGAUCUGAAAUUGCCGAGAAUGCCAAGAUUCUCAUCAUUGCCGGGAGCGAGACGACUGCGACGCUGCUUAGUGGUGUGACCUUUCAGCUCUUGACCAACCAGGACAAGUAUGAGAGCUUGGUGAAAGAGAUUCGCACUUCAUUUACGAGCGAGCAGGAGAUUACUAUCGCCAGGGUCAAUCAGCUUCGGUACAUGAUCGCGGCUUUUAGUGAAGGAUCACGCAUGUAUCCACCGGUGCCUAUUGGCCUCCCCAGAGAGACACCCAAAGGUGGUGAGGAGAUCGAGGGCUAUCAGAUCCCUGAAGAUACCAAAGUGUCAGUCUCACAUUGGUCAGCCUACCAGAGCGAGAUCAACUUCCGCGACCCCAAGAUAUUUGUUCCUGAACGCUGGCUCGGCGACCCUCGAUAUGACGGUGACGCAAAGGAAGUGCUGCAGCCCUUUUCUAUUGGCCCGCGCAACUGCCUUGGGAAGAAUCUCGCCUAUGCUGAAAUGAGGCUUAUUCUUGCACACCUGUUGUGGAAGUUUGACCUCGAAUUGGUUUCGGAGAGUAAGAACUGGAAUGACCAAAAGGUUUUUAAUCUUUGGGAAAAGGGCGAUCUGAAGGUGAAGCUGACCCCGGUGGGAGAAGGAGGCGAGGAUUAG